AUGGCAGCAUCUGAGAAAAAUAUGGACUCCAACGUGUCCGGAAUAGACCGCCGCGUUUCUUCUUCGACUCUUAUAUACCGCGCAAGUUACAGAGAUUGCAAAGAGGAUAUGAUUGGAGAUAUAAAACGUGAUGACAGUUCCUGCUGGGAGAACUCCAAAUGCAGUCCGUUUCCAGGGGAGUCAUCCACUUUCCAACUGGACUCCAAACCGUUUCUCUGUGUGCCGCCUUCUUCCUCGUCUCAGUACGGCGACCUUGGGGAAUUCUUAGAAGAGGUGGGCGUUUUUGACGCUCUUCUGAACCUGGUUUCGGAGUUGGUUCAGAAGUUUGUAUUGACCACCAAGAAAGAUGGGAGUCUGCUGUUUGACAUCAAGUUCGGGUCUUUGAAUAACAGCGCCAAGUCAGAGGAAGAGUUUAACAUCCUCGACAUUGUAGGAAGCGAAUUUGAGCUGGGUGAUCGUGUGAAUACCACGCCAACCCCUUCAAAUGACAGAGCGCAAACAGAUUCACACAGCUCUUCUCCUGGGGAGCACUGGUCAUCCACAGGGGUGUGCCCUGUCAAAAAGCUGUCUAUAAACGGCAACAAGGAAUCUACAGUAGACAAAAAGAAAUAUGUAUUAAUCCUAGAAAAACUCAGCAGCGACAUUGUUGGUGAGCGUUUAAAGACAGACAAUCUCGAGGCUGAGCCCACGCAGGACCAAGAGCUAAUCGAGAGCCUGAAAGCUGCACCUCAGGAUUCGACUGAGCCACCAGCAGACAGACAGACAGACAGAGAUGCAGACACUUCUGAUCAUGAUGUCAAACAGACCAUGCAGCAUCAAGUGGAAUACAGCCAAGAGAAGAGAUCUCAUGAACUACAGGCAAAGGAAGACAAAAGCAAAGAGAAAAACAGAAAACUAAAAGAAAGUGACAUUUCCACCCAAGAACAAGAGCCCAGCUCCCCCGGGGUGUCGGAGACCACUAGAAUUAUUACCGAUGCUUUUGCGAAUUUAUGUCGCAGAACCAAAAAACAAGUUGAACUUGAGCAGAAACUUGGCUUUUGUUUGCUUCCUUUCAAAAGUAGAAUUAGCAGACGUGCGCUCCUCACUGAGAGUCUAGAGCCGCGUUUGAGCCUCAAUGAGCAGCCAGUCAAUCCGCACAGACAAGGCUGCGUGGCGUCGCUUCCCGAGUGGGCAUGCCCGAGCCAGCCUGACUACCUGGAGCACGCUGAGCACGGAGGAUCCAGAAGCAGAAGCAGCUUCCCUGUGGAAACAGCGCGGGCCUGCUCAGCGGCCCCCCGUGGAUCCCGUCUGCACGCAACAAACACAAAAGUGGACAGGAAAAGUGCGCCGUAAAGACUCAAGUUGCCCACAUGUCUGUUUACCAAA